UGGACAACAAGUACGUGGCUUCACAGCUGAGGAGGACUGGGAGUGUUUUUAAGAUAAAUAUACGGGAUGUUUAUUAACCCUAUGUGAACGGAUGCUUCACAUAUGACCCAGCAGCGGUACCGGGAGCAGCGGUAGUACCACGAACGGUACCGGGAGCAGCGGUAGUACCACGAACGGUACCGGGAGCUGGACGGACUGCCGCCGGUGCAGGAGCCGCUGCUGAAGGCUUCCCUGCGGACUGCUAACGGCAGCCGGGGCAGCCUGUCGGUGUGAUAUGGCGGAGAGCGGCUCUCUACCGAGCUCGACGCUUCCGCCGCCGAGGACUCGCAUCUUUAAAAUCAUCGUGAUCGGGGACUCGGGGGUCGGGAAGACCUGCCUCACCUACCGCUUCUGUGCCGGGAGGUUCCCCGAGAAGACCGAGGCCACCAUCGGGGUGGACUUCCGGGAGAGGCUGGUCGACAUCGACUGUGAGAAAAUCAAGAUCCAGCUGUGGGACACUGCAGGUCAGGAGCGCUUCAGGAAGUCCAUGGUGCAACACUACUACCGCAACGUGCAUGCUGUUGUCUUUGUCUACGACGUGACCAACGCUUCCAGCUUCCGCAGCCUGCCGGCCUGGAUUGAGGAGUGCAAGCAGCACGCUCUGGGCACAGAGGUACCCAGGAUCCUAGUCGGAAACAAGUGCGACCUUCAAGACUCAGUCCAAGUGAGCACAGACGUGGCGCAGCAGUUCGCCGACGCCCACUCCAUGCCCCUGUUUGAGACGUCUGCCAAGAACCCAAACGGCCAGGGAGAUGGAAGCGGUGGCGGAGGAAACAGUGACCACGUUGAGGCUAUUUUUAUGACGGUGGCCCACAAGCUGAAGUCUCAGAAGCCUCUGGUAUUGAGCCAGCCGCCCGGGGGAUCAGGGGGUACCGUCCACCUGAGCAGGGGGAGGGAUGAUGGGGGAGACGGGGCCAGGAGCUGGGGCUGCAGCAGCUGCUGAGGCUGCACAGGAGGACCCAAGAGAAUGAAAAAGGGAAAGAGUGGAGGAUCAGCUGAAUGGCUUCACAGUCAGCACAAACAUGCAGAUGAAUCUCUUUCCAAAGCCUGUGCUUAACUUUAUAAAUUACUUUAAAUGUUUUAAAGUGGUAUUUACAGUACAAUUGUUGUUUGUGAAAGCCAAAAUCUGUCGUUAGUUCAUGGAAAAGGAUCCUGAACAAGAGGCCAACAAUCUGAUUCUAAAUCAGUUCUCCUUCAAUCGUAAUUUAAGUCUGGAGCCUGCACCGCUGAGCUUUAAAGUCACUUUUCUUCAUGGAAACACAGUGGCAUUAAUACAUGAUUUGCCAUAUAAAUGUCUUUCUUUCUAAAACAGCUUUACUAAGAUAUGAUGGGAGAGCAGACUGUUGGGGUGGACAUAAUAACAGAAGACCUUUAUAAUACAAUCUAUUUGGUUUUGAUUCAGCCGUCUCACUAAAGGUGACCCGCAGUGUUUCUCAUCAAAACAUCAAAGUGUAGUUGUGAAUGCAUUUCUGUCUUUAAAAUGUAAUUGCAAAAGCAACAUUUCAAAUAUUUAGAAGCUAUGUGUCUAUUAAACUGCUGAAUGUGUUAUCACCAUCAGCUGCGGAUCAGUCUCGACCAUACGUGUACGUUCAGUACGUUUCAGUGAAAAGGUGUCUGCUGCUGCUCGUGGUCAAAAACCCACAGGACACCUUUUUUAAAUCUAAGGAUCGGAAACCUUGAUUCUUUAGAAGUCAUAUCAAUCGACCACUCUGUUUUUUAUACGUUUCACUGUGAGGUGUAUGUCACGCAGGCAGUGGCAUGCAGAGCCAGCAGUAGUUACUUGGCAGAGGCAGCUCUAACCUGUUAACAUGGGAGACGAAAUUAAAACGGACACGCCACGCAGCCAGUGUGCAGGAGGCCUUACUGAUAAAUGCUCUGGAAAGAUAUUCACAGAAAUAACAACGUGCUGUUAUAAAGGAAAAGUAUUGCUUUAAAAAUAGUCCUGAAGUAAUCAUUCACAUUGCUGUGAGUGGUCGCACUGCGUGCCAUGAUAAAUAAUCACAACAUAACAUCAGUGAUUUGGUCAUCCUCCCAGAGUCAGGGUAACCAGCUGCAAGGCUCCGGAUGGUUAGCAUUUCAUCUUUAUAAUCUCAUUACUUUAUCUACUGGUUGUCGCAAACAGCAGAAUGGGACUAAAUGGUGGCAGUGUGGGGUCAGCCGGCCCAUCAGAGAGGGAAAGGGCCGUUCUUCUGUAGUGUGCACCUCCUGCAGACACUGUACAUCAAGGGUGCUGCCUUCAUCCCCAGCUUCUCUUGUACGGAAACUUGCGAUUCAGUAUUCAGCAUGUUGCUGUUAAAUCCUUGAGCCGGUGGCGUUACCGUGCACAGCUCCUCCGCUGCUCACGCUCUGCACUACUGCUCACUGUGACUGUUUGAUUGGUUUACAUUUGGUUGCUGCUUUCUUCAAGUGUCCUUUGUUUUUAAUACAUGCCCCCCCCCCCCCCCUAAUAAGACUUCCUUUGCCUCAUCUUCACUUCAGCCAUGAACACAUAAUGCUCCUGUAUCUCUCAUUGCCCAGAAAGAAAAAUGCUAUCCCUUCACAGUGACUAAGAACCAAACUACUGGGUCGAGGUUAGAAUGGUUUGUAAUAAAGUAUCCUGAACAUUUCAAA